UGUAAAUAUCAGCUGUUCAAAGUUUUCAAUGCUUACAACCUUAAUUGGACCAAAUUUGACAUAUCGCUAAUACAAAGUCAACUGCUCAAAUUAUCGACUUCAUUUCGAUCCUCCCCUAUUAUUGAUUCAUCAUGGAACGUCCACUGUCAUUGUGCUUAUUCUAAAGUGGUAGACAUGUCCGUGUUACGUUCCAAUCGAAAUGUGGAUCACAUUCACCUUUUAAGUGACACAUCAUCCUCAUCCUCGGAGAACGAUGGCCUCCUUAGAUUCGAGGAUCAUUCUAAUGACCAAUCCGAACCCGAUGUGGCCGAUUAUGAAGCGGCAAUAACAGCCUCCAGCUAUGGCAAGUUCCAUUACUGGUUCUUGUUCGUGUGCGGUUGGGCUAAUGCGGCCGAUGCCGUCGAGGUGUUGUGCAUCUCGUUUCUGCUCCCUUCGGCUCAAUGUGACCUCAGGUUGACCUCGGUCGACAAAGGAUGGCUUACGGCCAUUCUAUUCAUUGGCAUGCUCGUGGGUGGAUAUAUUUGGGGCACCUUAGGUGACUCCUUUGGCCGCAAACGUGUGCUGAUCGCUGCCAUGUUGGUCAAUGCCUUUUGCGGCUUCUUUUCCAGUCUGGCCCAAGAGAAGAUUGUGUUCUUCGUCUUUCGAUUCCUAAGUGGAGUGGGGGUGGGCGGGAGCAUUCCGAUUGUGUGGUCCUAUUUCGCCGAGUUUCAACCCAAAUCCAGACGAGGGGGCAUGUUGAGCUUUCUGGCGGCAUUUUGGAUGGUCGGAAACGUGGUGGUGGCUGGCAUCGCUUGGUUGGUCAUCCCCGCUGAUAUUGGAUAUAACACGGAUGAUCCCAAUGAAUUCGAGUACAACUCAUGGCGGAUUUUUGUCCUCAUUUGCGGUCUUCCGGCACUUUUGGUAGCCUUCGGGCUGUGCUGGUUUCCUGAAAGCCCCAAGUUCCUACUCUCUAAGGGGGAAGAAAAAGCGGCUCUAAAGGUGUUUGCCCACGUGUUUGCCAUGAACACGGGACAACCGUCCUCAAUGUAUCCGGUUAAAAGAGUUGUGAUGGAUUACGACUCCCCAUUGACAGGUCGGUUGCGAACCUCGAUGGCAUCGUUUUUUCGGGACGUGGGAAACAAUCUUCAUGUUUGCUUCUCUGGACGUUUGGCAAAGGUUAUGAUUUUGAUGCUUUACAUCAAUUUCGCCAUUCAAUUCGGGUAUUAUGGCUUGUGGCUUUGGUUUCCAGAAUUGUUCAACAAGUUGAACAUUUAUUACCAAACUCAUAACGAGACCAUGUCCGUAUGUCAAGUGACGGAACUUGAUAAUCUGGACAUUGACGAUGGAAACGGGGAUGAAUUCUGCACCGGAACCAAACCAGAGGCUGAAGUAUUCAUCAACUCAUUCAUUAUCUCUUUGGCAGCCCUCCCGGGUAACAUUUGGACCAUUUGGCAUAUGGACAAGCUAGGACGCAAGUUUUUCCUGGUUCUUAGUAUGGUGCUCUCUGGUUUGAGCGUGUUCUGCAUCUACUUAGUUAAGACCGAGACGGCUAACCUGAUCGUAUCCUGUCUUUUCGGCCUGGUCUCCACGAUGGGAUUUAAUGCCUUGGAUUGUCUCGGCAUUGAACUGUUUCCCAGCCAUGUCAGAUCCACGGCCAUGGGAAUCACACUCGUGGCAGCACGAUUGGGUGCUAUUUUGGGCAACGUGAUAUUUGGGUAUUUUUUGGAGACAAAUUGCGCUAUUCCAGUGCUAGCUGUGGCUAUUUUACUCGUCAGUGGAGGACUAGUGAGCAUCCUAUUACCCAACACCACUAAAACACCUCUUGCCUGAGUGUGCCCAGGAUACGAUUCACUCAUGGUUUUGCUUUUACCAAAUAUCUGUGAUUAAACUUUCAAUGUCAGUCGUUUAUGGGAAUUGAA